GGAGUCCAAAUUUCCCUUUUGCUUCUGACGUUCGUUUGUGGUUACAAUAUAAUUGCGUUCUUUUCUUUUUAUUCCGUUUGCCGUGGGAAACUCGAUUCUUUGGGCGCGGAUUGGCUCGCCGAUCGAUUUCUUUCGUUUGUAGAUGAUUUCCGCCUACUUCACGCCUCAGAGCAUCUUGAUUAUUCUUGGAAUCAUCGACUUACCUCCUGUGGGUAAAAUAGCUGAGGAGGUGGAUCAGCAAGUCUCAGUAAAAGUGGAACUUUUGAUCCGAUUGAUGUUAACGAUUUAUAUAUUAGAGGUGGCUUAGCGUUUUUUGUAAGUAGAAAUCUCUCUAAAAGAAAUAGAAAUUUUUUUUCUUGCAAUGGAACUUGUUUUUGUGGAUUGGAGUUCCAUGGGUAUGCACAUAACUGACAAGUCCUGAUUGUUGCACCAUUUUCUUGGUCUUACCUACCAAAGAGGUAGCAACAUUGUUUUGUAACGGAGAUCUACUCAGCCUGUACCUUUGUUCUCGCGGAUGUUUAUACCCUGGAUUACGAGACUUGUGAAUUGGAAACAUUGUAUUAUGCAAGAAUAGUUGCAUUUUAUUAUUAGGUUAUGGGUUUCAAAACCCCAUUUGAAGAACUUCUUUAUGAGAGUUUGGGAACUAGAAAGAAAUAUAAAUAGCACCUGUUGGAAUUGAGACCAACAAAUUGCUUGGGUUUAGUCGGGAUUAUUAUACUUAUAGGUAGAAUGUGUGUCUUAAGACCAAGGUACGAUAAUAAAGGUUGAGGCCAGUGAUUUAGCAUAUUAAUCUUGUACCGGGUAUAUGAUGGUGACAGUAAUGUACAUACUCAAUUUGGAAAGAAAACAAUGGCAAUGAAGUUAAUCAUGAUUGUAAAAGGGAAAAAGUAAGGGAGCAAAUAACUAAUGUUUUGUAUCACACUGUUUCUGUGGUAACGUCUGAUACUGAGUCUGAUUUUGGACAUGUACUUUACAAGAUAUUGUUUGAUUUGACAUGAAAUGAGAGUUAAAACAGGAAGAGAGAAGAGAAAUGUGAGAAAGCAGAAAAAUAUAUGAUAAGUACUAGUGCAGUUAGUUAUUCUGCUUGCUUUUGUUUCUAUGUUGCCAAAAUCAAACCAAGAAUCUGUCUUUGUGCUACCUGAUCAUUGUACCUAAGCUUGGUUACUGACUUAUAUAAUGAUGAUCCUGUAUGCCUGACCAUUAUUCACCAGUGAUACAUCUGUCUGUUGUACAUCCUUUCUUGUCUAUUGAUAAUUACUGACCUUUUGUUGCAACAUCAUGAAAGAGAAAGGUUAUUUGUUUCAUGUAUGUUUUUUUGCUUUGGUUAUAUAUAUAUUUUUUUUGCAGACUCUAGCCCUUUGGAAUGACUCUCCCUUUGCCUUAAGUUGUAUCUUUCAUAGGGCAUAGCAUCUGCCUCUCUAUUAUCUUCUGAACUAGUUGCUUAUCCUAAAAUACUGGGCUUUGGUGCGUGUAUAGUGUUAACUUAUAAAUCAUUUUUCCUCCAACACUUUGUUUCCUUGCUAGAUGAAAUCAAAAACAAAUGGGACUGGAACCUCUCAAGCAGCUCAAAAGACGAAUGUUCUUCAAGGUGAGGGCCCAAAUUGGGUAUUUGUUGUAGGUGGUGCUUUGUUGAGCACACUUUCAAUUAAGCUUGGAUGCCAACUGAAACGGGCCUUUGAUAACAAACGACAUGAUGAGGCAAACAAAGAAAAUAGAAAAUCUACUGCUGACAGAAGAUCAAGAGCUUGCAAUUUGCAUAAUCUCUAUCACUUUGCUCAAGAUGAGGAUAAUCAUUAUCACUUUCUUUCGGAAACUUCAAGAGUUGGAGUAGAUGCCAAGCGACCCAAAAGUCCAAUAGUAAUGGAAGCAGAUCUCUCUCUUCCACUGGUGAAAAUCCCAGCCACCGAAACCAACAAAGUUGUCGAGGACAUAAUGCGAGCAUCAUCGCUUGAUCGCCUGGAGCUCCCCUGGAAGCCAUUCCACCACUCAAACUGCUCAGACUCGUGCAUCUCAGAGUCUGGAUCUGACGUCUACAGCAAGAGAGAACUGAUACAAAAACUACGCCAACAGCUGAAGCAACGAGAUGAAAUGAUCAUGGAGAUGCAGACCCAGAUUUCAGACGUGCAGAAUUCUUUGCAUAUUCAAAGGGCCCAAACUGCACAUCUCCAGAGCCAGCUCGAUUCUGCCAAUAAAGACUUGUUCAAUUCUGAGAGAGAGGUCCGCCGAUUAAGAAAGGUUAUCACCGACCAUCAUGUUGCGGAGGUGACCUCCCCCGACAAGCUCGUAGUGGCAGGAAACUGGCAUCCAGAAUCUGCAAAUGGGCUGGCAAAUGGCUAUGCUGAUAGCGUCAAUGAUUUGGAGUUGCAUCGUGUUGGAGUGGACAAAAGAGAAAUAGAUGUUGAGAAAGUUGGGAUGUUGAAGAGAGAGGUAAGCGAACUGAAGGAGGUAAUUGAAGGAAAAGAUUUCCUGCUCCAGAGCUACAAGGAUCAGAAGGUUGAGUUUUGCUCCAAGAUCAAGGAGUUGCAGCUAAAACUAGCUUCGCAAGUACCGGACAUAUUGUAAUUCUUUUCUUUUCUUUCUUUUUUUUUUUCCUUUUUUCUGUUCCACAAGCUUUUCCUUCGUCGAUGUCGUCUGAAAUGUAGUGUUUGUACAGGUUUUGGUAUCUGGGUUUGCUUUCUUUUUAUCCUUUUAUUUUUCUAAUUCAACCUGUUUUGCAUGAGAGAUCUUUAUAUUGUUUGGUCAAGGCAAGUCAUUGAUGAUGUUCUUUUCCA